UACAUUAUACAGAACAAUACUUUGCCACUCUUAGGUGGUGUUGAAAUGGGACAGCAGAAUAACUGCCUUCCAUACAAAAGUAAUUCUUAUAAUAUUGAAAACGCUUCUUUGGAACGUACUUUUAAAAAAGAAAUUAUUAUGACCACAAAUAUGAGAAGAUACGGAAGACCUCGAUUGAGAAGCGUCAUGUCUGAUACAGACCCAAUCCACGAAGAUUGCGUCGUUUUAUCGAAGGAGUUUUCAUAUGUUAGAACACAAGACCAUAUAGACAAAUCAACACCCCCCUCACAGCUUCCAAGACGGAACUCAUUGGAAAGCUUACUAGCCAGCUGCGGUCACAAAAAAGCGUGUCGAAGAGCGUCAACUCAAGCUACAUUUGAGGAGCAUCCAAAGACUAUCCCAAGAAGCCGUCGUGGAUCUUUGCCGGUCUUUCCAAAUAAGCAACGGAGUUUCCGAUUGCUAAGUCGAUUUCGUUUAAAUCGAUCUCGAUUAUCUUUUGACGAAAUUGAACGACCGCAAGCAAACACUGAAAAAGAACGUAGAAGAAGUUCAUCGCUUGGAUUUAUCGUCAUGGCACACCAUCGACUUCGGAGUGGAAGUUCUGGCCAACGUUCUCCCGUUUCUAAAAAAAUCAGUGAUACGAAAAGUCUAUCUGCGUCCGAAGAUGGAGCUCCACAACAAAACUCGGAUUACGAUAGCAGUCUCCACCAACCAGCUUCAGUGGAAUUUCUAGUUAAAAAAUGCGCUUCCUAUUUUGAUGAAAAUGGCGAAUGUGGGGAUUCCGAAUUUCCAAGAGUUCUUUUCCUCACUCAUCCGUGGUUUAUGACGUCAGAACAAUUGGUAGUUCUCUUCUCACAAUUGUUCGAGGACGAAAAUACAACUGUGGAAAUGAAAAGGCAGAUUUUCUUUGCAAUAAGGUACUGGAUGAAGGAGUUUCCUCAUGCGUUUGAUCUUGACGCGGCUCUGGUUGAAGCCGUAAAAAAUUUGCAAUUUAUGACAGCGAAAAACGAAGACGUCGACAGUUCACUCAUUGACUUAUCAAAUAGGGGAAAUUAUAAAUGGAUGAGAACAGAUCGUCUUUCAGUGCGACCACCACAAGGUGCCGGUAGGAAAAGGAGAAAAGUUUCUCUCGUAUUUCAUCACUUAGAACCAGAAGAACUCGCAAUACAUAUGUCAUAUUUGGAAUUUAAAUGUUUUAGAAGACUUACGUUUGAAGAUUUUCACAAAUAUGCCAUCCGCGCAACAAUCAAAAACAAUGCUAAGUUAGAACGGGCUGUUUUCUUGUUUAACAACAUCACGCUAUGGGUACAAUGCAUGGUAUUGGGCCAACAUACACCACAAGAAAGAGCAUCAGUCAUCACCAAAUACAUAAAAAUAUCUCAGAAACUUCGGGAGAUGCGAAAUUAUAAUACUUUAAUGGCUGUUGUCGGUGGAUUAAGACACACAGCGAUCGCCAGAUUGAAGAAAACUAUGUCGGCCCUACCAAAAGACUCAAUAAAGGCUUUGGAUGAAUUGGUAGAAUUACUGGAUUCGAAAAGUAAUUAUGUAGCUUAUCGGCGAGAUUAUGCUCAGCAACAAGAAGGAAAUACAUUCAAAAUUCCCAUCAUUGGUAUUCAUAUGAAGGAUAUCAUUGGCCUACAUACAGCAUUGCCAGAUCGAGUUGGCGAUAAUUUAAUAAACGUAAAAAAGAUGCUUUCUAUUGGAUCCACAUUUCAGGAAAUGUUAAAUCUGCAACGUUCUCCAUUUCCAUUCGAAGUUAAUAAAGAUUUAGUAAAUACAUUGAGAGUAUCUCUAUAUCUUUAUUAUACGGAAGAAGAAAUUUACUCGCUAUCAUUACAACGGGAACCUCGCGACAUGAAAAAUAGCGUCUCCAGUGCAAAUUCACCGUCAAAAAUGAACAACAUGGUUUUUGCUGAAUUUACAAGGUUCACAUGUCAGCUUGAUAACGACACUGUCAAACAACACGUAACAGCCAUGGUAGAGUCGGUUUUCAAAGCUUACGACCACGAUAAUGACGGAUUCAUAUCUGAAGAAGAAUUCAAUAGUUUUACCGAUAAUUUUCCAAUGAUGGAAUCAUUUUCUGCGAUGGACGUCGACAGAGACGGACUUAUUAGUCGAUCAGAAAUGUGCGAUUACUUCAUGAAAGCAAGCGCCGUUCGAAGAAACGAUUUUUGUCAAAAUUUCACCCACGAAUUCACGGAAAGUACUUAUUUUCACCCAACGUUUUGUGAAGAAUGUGAAAAAUUGUUAUGGGGUCUUGUAAAGCAAGGAUGGAAAUGCAAAGGUUGUGGUAUAAAUUGUCAUAAGCAUUGUAAAGACCGUAUAGUUCAAGAAUGCCGUCCUAAGCAGCAGCAACACUCAAAUAAUAGUGAACUCCCUGUAAAACGUAACGGCAGAAGAGACAAAUCGUCUGUAUCGUCAGAGUCGGACCUUUCAGCUAACGGAGAUACCAUUACCAUACUUUCCAACACUACUACAAUUUCCGCAGACGACGAAGCAUUUGACAGUCCAGGGGAACUCGUAUCAACAUAUCAAUCGUCUCCGUCAACCAUGCGUCGUUCUACGUCCCUUGCGUCGGCCGACGUCACGUCACGUAAUCUUUUGCGUCAAAUACAACAUUCCAAGACCCCACCUCCCGUGCGUAAAAGUUCAUCAGCUGAUUCAGGUGGACGAAGCGGCAGGCGGUCACUGAUGCAAAAAAUCAUUCCAAAACUCAACUCGCAUAAAUCAAGAUCGGUUAUAGACGCAACAACACAAACACCACCACAGUCCCCUUCUAGGGUCGAUGUACAACUAACCGGUACUGUGAUGAAAUCGUUUCUAUAUCCCGCUACAUCUAGCCCAAGACAUAUUGUCGUUAACGGCAAUUUACCUAACGGCAGAUUGGGCAGUACUGGCGAAGACAUUGACGAAAUUCCCCUAACUCACGUGCAUCAAACUGCGAACAACAAUCACGCCAUCAAUCGCGUGACGACACACCAGGUCAAUGACCUCACUAAAUCGACGAACGAUCUCAAUAUAAAAGAUGAAAGAAAAAUGCCUUCUCGGCAAUACUCAAUAGAACCAUUAAACAUUUCAGCCAUUCACGAAGUGGUAUCGCCAACAGAAAACACCCCGGUGAACCAGAAUCCCGGUUACAGUGUAUUCGCAAGAAGAGACAGCGGUCUAAGUGGUUGUUCCUCAUUUACCUUUUCCGAUCGGUCGUUCCCGGCCACGCCAAUUCUGUUGUCAGAAUUGCAGACACAACACGGUUCCUUACAUCCACCUCUAUUGGGCAAAAAUCUAAGCAACAGUGCAACUGCUUUCAAGUUUCCGUCAAAUUUUGUGGACGAGGAGAAUGCGGCUAAAAAUUCACUCAUCCGUGACAAUGACGCCGUCACACCCUUAGUUCAAGAAAACGCUCGACUAUGUGAAGCAAAUGCUGUUUUACAAGGUCAAUUAGAAGAGAUGAAGAAUUAUGUUAAAAUAUUAGAAGAUAAAUUAAAACAAUCAGGUAUUUCUCUGUCUGACAAUGACAGGAAAGAAUUAUUUAAAAAGCAACCAACUACGUAAUGUAACCGUAGCGAGAAGUUUUAUUGAAUCGCUGUAGCAAAAUGGGAAACUUCAAAUGAAGCCAGUAUCCUGAAGUUUGUAUUUGGACUGCGUGUGACUGAAUCGAUUGGAAAACUCAUAGCUUCCACGUCAAAAGAAACUUUAUUCGGCAUGGUGAAGCAAAGUUUAAUAAUGAACUCCACGACAAUUAUUUUCUUAGAAUACUUAUGUCUAUUUUGUACAAAAAUUCAAAUUCAACAUGUGCGUUUUCUGUCCAGUUAUUAUGAGAUAUAUCUUUUCUCUGUCAUUUUGUUCUUUUUUAUAUAAAAAAUAAUAUUGCAGCAAAAGUCUGUUCUUGCCUGUUUAUGAGCUGAGAUUUUUCGUCCGUACUUCUUUUUUUUUAAAUAUAUUUACAAUGUUGAUAAAAAAUGGCGCCUUUUCUUUUUUUUUAGAAGUUUAAAUUUUUGACAAUGCCUGCGAUUUCAAUAUCAUCACCAAUAAUGGUUUCGUCAGAAUCCUAUCUAUAGCGCAUAGUCAUAAAAGGUGUAGAGCUUUUAAUAAAAUGAACAAAUUUCGUAGGGUAUAUUCGAUUCGAAAUCUUGAUAAUCAGGCUUUCAGUGGAACUUGAAUUGGCAAUCUGCAAACAUUGGCUGUUCGUGAAGAUUUGUCGUACUAUUUUUUUGAUAAAAAUUAUCUUUUGAUACAAAUUAGGUAAUUUUCUUAUUUCAAAUUCAUUUAUUGAAUUCAUCUAGUUUCAUUUUUGCAAAACUAUCAAUUUUUUCAUUUGGAAUUCAAAAAACAUGUUUGUUCUGUAAAAAACUAAAAAAUAAUAUAUAAAUUUAAAGAUAUAUUUUCCCGAAAUUGUCUUUUAAAGAAAUUUAUAUCUUUUUUCGUUUAUCUUUAUAAGCUUGGGCUCCUGUCCGUUUCUAUGUCGUUUCAGCAUUACUGAUCAAGAUGAUACUUUUGAAGUGUCGUUAAUAAAUGAUAUUAAAAAUA